GCCUAUAAAGAGGCACUCAAGGGACCUGUUCCACGUUAGGAAGGGACAGACGAAAUGGAGAUAGAAAAGGGAGACGAGGUGGAAAAGGAAAAGGGAGACGAGGUGGAAAAGGAAAAGGGAGACGAGGUGGAAAACAAAAAGAGGUUGGAGGAAGAAGAGGGAAAUGAUGAGGAUCGACAAGAAGAUUUGGAAGAAAAGGGCGAUGAGCAGGAACAAGAAGACAUGGAUGAGGGGACGGGAGAGGAGGUAGACGAGGAGGAGGAUGAAGAGGAAGACGAUGAGGAGGAGGAAGAAGCAGAUAAGGAGGAAGAGAAAAACGGGGUGAAAGACGAUUAGGAACUAUCAUGUGGGGAAGAAGGAAACAAUAAAGAAAAGGAGGAGGACGAAAGAGAGCUCAUAGAAAAAACAGAAACGACCAAUCAGGACGGGGUUGCGGGAAGGAUAGAGGGGGAGAGUAACACAAAGAUAACAACGAAGGAAAAGGAGGGAACACCCCGUCCCAGAAGAAGAAAGGGCGAUAAAGGGAAUCACAAGGG